AUGGACAUCGGUUCAUCUCCAGCCGAAUUCCUUUACGGUACAACUUUACGUAUUCCUGGGGAGUUUUUCAUCCCAGAAACUUUCACUCUGAACCGUCAAAUUUUUCUGGAAGAAUUCCGGGAGCACAUGCGAUUGAUAAAGGCAGUACCGGUCAGUCAUCAUCACAAAAAUCGAGAAUUUCUACACAAAGAUCUCGGAUCUUGUACACACGUUUUCCUUCGAGCAGGUACCGGAAAAAAGUCGCUCGAACGCCCGUGCACUGGUCCUCACAAAAUCAUCAAUCGCAUUUCCGACCGAAUUUUCGAAAUCGACAUUAACGGAUCUGCUCGCAGAGUAUCUGUUGAAAAUAUCAAACCCGCGCAUUUCGUGCGUGACGAUUUUGUAACUCCUAUUUCAGUUACUGUCGAUAAUGCUAAAACAAAAACGCGUACAGAUUUCGGUACUACAACUUCAGGAAAGGCAACGAACACAGUUCCCACUACCUUAAGCAAUACAACGGAUGUGGUCUCACCACUCAAAACGUAUGCACGUAAAAAGAAAGUAUGUUUCGCAAAUGUUAAUUUGUAA